ACGGUAUUUUAAAAUGUGAUGUGAUUGGCCAUCGUGGAUGCGUUGACAUGAUAUCCAAUAUCUUGAAAUCAAUUAUUAUUAAAUAGUAGUGACAAGAUGUGGUUAUAUUUGUGCUGUUACAUUUUUUGCAGUGUAUUAAUUUCGGGCGAGGUGAUCACACUAAUAAACGAAAAUAAAAUUACAUGUGUUUUAACUGAAGGUUCUGUCAACUCUACUCUAGAUGUAAACCCCGAAGGCGGUUUAAAUAACGUUCGGCGAAGAGUGCAAGAAAUAACCAACUGGAAAAAAAGUGACUGGAUUUUGAAAAAUUCUACUCAUUUUAAUUUCGGUCCAGUACUUGAUCAGCGCUGGACAGAUUUUACUGGUAUCGGGAACGAAGAUACAGAUCUAUCCGAUCGAGAAACAUUUUCGGUUUGUACAAGGAAUGAGUGGAACAUUACUGUCGCUGCUUCUGGCGACAGGAAAAAUGUUACAAUACCAAGACACGAUAUAACUUGGUCAUUAAACAUACAAUUUGUUUUUUUUAAAAUAGAUUUAUUAGCUUUACAAAAGUCAUCAUGUUCGUGGCGACAUUAUACACCAAGAAAAACUGGUUACGGUGUAAUAUUGACAUCCGUCAGGAACGAAAUAAUAAACACAAGUCUAAAAUUUGACGCGUUGUGGAUUAAUUUUCCAAAUGAUAAGAACUAUAAAUUACACAGAUAUGAAUUUCUGUUUGCGAACACUAGCAGUACAGAAGUUUCCUAUAUUGUUGUAAAUUUUACACAGUGUGUUACAUUCUAUGUCUCCGUAGACACAGGGUGUUAUCUGAAUAUAUCACUAAGUUCAGAACGGUCUAGUAAAUCGAUAAGAGUAGAUGGAUUCAAUGAGCAAAAUACUUUCAGAAAAUGGAAAAAAUACGAAAUGAGAAAUGAAAUUGGCGUAAGUGGAAUAGUUUCUUUUUUCCGGGGACGGAACGAUAGUAGCACCAUUGGUUUUUGGGCAAUUGAUGAUAUUCACAGCUGCGACUCUGAAAUAGGACCUUCCUAUCUUAACUGUGAAAAACAUAGAAUAUGUUCAUCAGGAGGUAGAUGCCAUUGUGCUUGGGGAUACGAGGGAACAAACUGUACAGAAGUUUGUGAAAAGGGUUCUUGGGGCAUAGAUUGCAAAGAAAAGUGUAAUAUUAAUUGUCAAAAAUGCGACAGGAUGUCAGGUUGUACACAAUGCAAGAAAAAAUAUUUCGGAGCAAACUGUACAUUUGAACUUCCAGUCGUACGAAAACCGCCUUCUUUAGAAUCCGUAGGAGAAGAUUUUGUCAAAAUUUCAAUAAACUUUGAAUAUGGUGUAAAUGAAGCAACACCCGAGGCGUAUGUACUUCAGUUUAAAUAUUUAAAUAAGAAAAAUUUCCACAAUGUCAUGGCAGUCAAAGAUUAUCCUGGUAGUACGAAAAAUGUAUCGUUGAGAUUGAAAAUCUCAAGAGAACACUCUUAUGUAAUCAGAAUUAUACUAAUCAGUUACAGUCUGUCGUUUCAAGACAGUACUGUGCCGCGGUCUAGGACAAUUCGGCGCGGCCGACUUGGCGCGGCCAACUUGGCGCGGCCGGCUUGGCGCGAAAUAUUUUGGCGCAAAGCCAACUUGGCGCAGGGACACUUUGGCGCAAGCCAUCUUGGCGCGGGCCAUCUUGGCGCGGAUGAACUCACACCAAGAAAAAUAAUAUAAAUAUACAAAAAUUGCAGCCGUUGUUAGCAUAACCUAAUUUUUAUAGUCACCAACGCGUGGAGGGGUAAUGCCGACUGUUUAAUGGACACACGGGCGCUUCGCGCCCUACACCCCAUUAUAAACAUACUCCUAAACGUGGAACUUCUUGCUCCGUGGAUCAUUAAGUUAUUGGAAUUCGUGCGAAUGAAACUGUGUAUUUGGUUGCCUACAUUUGGCAUAAAUAACAGGGUGCUAACCACAGUACGAACAAGAAAUAUUUUUUAUAUUAUAUGUCGACGUACUCGCGCCAAGAUGGCUCGCGCCAAGAUGGCUUGCGCCAAAAUGUCCCUGCGCCAAGUUGGCUUUGCGCCAAAAUGGCUCGCGCCAAGUCGGCCGCGCCAAGUCGGCCGCGCCAAAUAGUCCCAUUCCGGUAUUCUUAGAACGUUAUUUUUGUAUCCACUAAAAUUUGAUUAUUAUGUGAGGUUAAAUACGGUAAUAACUACAUAAAGGGACUCUAUAUAACACUGUGUACAAUUUAUAAUACGUGUUUAACUAAAAAAAAACGAUUCUACAGAGUUAAAAGUAAGUAUUAACAAUUCAAAAUCAAAAACUCUAAAAUUUUAGUGGAUACCAAAACUAGCACUUAUUAGACUGUAAUUCCAGUUAUAGAAUAAGAAU